CGGGGGCGGGGCAGGCGCAUGCGUACAUUUAUGAUAACAACAAGAUGACGUCUGCGAGACUGACAGGGCGAUGUCGCGGAUGUUUACUAUCCAUCUGCUGCAAUGAAUAACAUCUGGAUGAACAUCUGAGCACCUUUGUUAAACAUCCCACAUGACUCAGACCACCACCCUUCAGUUCUGAAGCCAAGUCCUUAGACUGACCUACUGCUGCCUCAUUUUUUUAAUAAACAUGGCAAGCCAGCCAUCUGUCCUGAGGGAGUUCUGCCCACUCCACCAUCUGCUGCACGCCAUCCCAGCCAAAGUUCAGAGGGGUUUCCGCUCAGUGGUGGUCUAUCUGACGGCGGUGGACAGCAGCAGUGACUUUGUGGCAGUGGGCAGCAGCAUCGGCAUGUUGUACCUCUACUGCCGCCGCCUGGCACACAUGAACAAGUACAGCCUGGAGGGAAAGUGUGACGCCAUCACAGCCGUGAAGCUGCUGAGCUGUUUUGAUGACCUGGUUGCAGUGGGAACUGCAUCAGGGCGUGUGGCCGUCUUCCAGUUGGUGUCUCCGCUUCCGGGUCGCAACAAACAGCUGAGGCGGUUUGAUGUCGUGGGCCUCCACAAAGGAACGGUGACUUCUUUGGCGUGGAGCACUAAUGGCAUGAAGCUCUUCUCUGGAGAUGACAAGGGACGUGUGGUUUUCUCCGCUCUGGACCUGGAUCAGGGCACGUGCACGCCUGUACUGCUUUUGGAGGAGUUGUAUGGUGUGGUCCAGUUGGACUACAGUCACCAGGUGCUGCUGGUCUCCACGCAGCAGAGAUCUCUGCUGUACUGCACACAGAAACAGGAAGUCCAGCAGCUCGGCACCAAACCCAGGAAGAGCAGUGGCAGGUUCGGGGCAUGCUUCCUGCCGGCUCUUUGUAAACAGAGCGACCUGCAGGUGUUUGCCGCUCGUCCUGGUCUAAGACUCUGGAGGUCUGAUGUCAAAGGUCAUGUGGUGGACACCCGACUGCUGAAACCCAUCUUCAGUGCUCAGAUUCCUCAUUUUGAGAUAUUCCCUCACCCUGGUCCAAUUGGGGCGUACCGUCCAGCAGACCGACAGCUGGGUCUGCUCAGCUGUUUCCUCAAAGAUGGCUGGAUCCUCAGCUGGAAUGAAUACAGUGUCUAUGUCCUGGACUGCAUUAAUGAGGUGCUGGUGGGAGCACUGGAGAGCAGCGGAGACAUUGUGUCUUUGUCCUGCUGUGACAAUGAGAUCUUCAUCUUGAAAGGAGACAGAGAUUUGAUCCGACUUUCGGACAGUCCGGAGGGAGCGAUCAGUGCCUUGUCAGACUUCCCCGUCCGUCUGUCUUCACCUUUGACACCGCCCAACAUCCUCCCAACCACUGGAUGUGUGGAGAUGGCUCAGCCAAUCAGAACCAUGGCCAUUAUUGUGGAAGGUGGGGGUCUACAGGCGAGGUGUGGUGAGGAGAGAAAGGAAGAAGAGGAGGAAGCAGAGGAAGCACAGGAGAAGGAUGAGGGCGCUGCCGUCGUCACCAACUGCUCUCGUAGCCGCAGCAGCUCUGUGGCUUCCUGGGACAGUCUUCAUGGAAACACCUCCUCUGAACGUUCCACUGCGCCCAUGGAGCAGGAAGACAUGCAGCAGGAACUGGUGGUGAAAGCUGUGAAAGUGAAAAAGAAGAAGAGAGGCCAACAAGAAAGCAACAGUGGGAAUCGUCUGUCUGAGAGCCGUUGCUCGGACUCCAUGCUUUUAGUCCAAGAUGGCAGCUGUAGUGAUGGAGGAAGCGAACGUGUUUCCCUCCUGGGGCUGGAACUUCCAAACCAGGACUCUCCAGAGCACAGUCAGCAACUGGAGGCGGCCAUGGACAGAAAUGGGAUGGAUGGGGAGGAGAGGACUUCUUCUUCCACCCAAUCCAGCUGCAUGCUCCCUCAGGACCCACCAAACCAGGUUGUCCCCCUCACUCCAAAUGUGGAUCUGCUGCUGGAAGGCACCUUCUCCUACAAGAACAACUCAGUGCAGGAUGAUGUACAGCCAAUAGAGGAGCAAGUGGACCACUUCCUGAUGAAACCACAGGAGGAGGAGGGCUCGGUGCCAUCUGCUGGUGUUAAGGACGAGAUGUUUAAUUCUACUGGACUCCCUAAUAGGAAGCCAAGUGUGUCGAGUGAGGAGGAAACAGACAUCUAUUGCCACAGUCUGCCCUCUGCUGACAGUGCAGCAGAACACAGCAGUUUCCAAAGCCAGCAGACUGAUGGACAGUUGCACCAGGAUGUUGAAGACAGACAUGGACACAAACCUGACCAGUUGGCUGAAAGCUGGAUGGGAUACUCGGGACCCGGAUGUGGAAUACUGAGUCUUCAUGUCACUGACAGGUAUGUGUGGUGUUUGGACUUUAAAGGUGGAUUGUUCUGCAGUCUUCUGCCUGAAGGCAGUCUUAAAUGGCAGCGCUUUGAAGACAACAUUCACCAGGUGGCACUCUCUCCCUCAGGUCACCUGCUUUGGAAGGUGGAGCAGAAAAGCAUGACGGCGUUUGCUUGUGCCAAAGUGGCAGGAAGAGGGAAACGUCACUGGUACAAGGCUGUGGAGCAAACUUCCUUUGUGGCUCUUGGUGACGACUCGGCCUGGAUCAUCAGGACCAACGGAGACCUGUACCUGCAGACAGGUCUUAGUCUGGAGCGGCCAUGCGCUCGCUCGGUCAAGGUGGACACGCCAUGUGUCUUCAGUCAGGUGUGUGUCAGAGGGGGCGUGGUCUGGGCUCUGAGUGAACACAACGCUUUAUUCUACAGAGAAGGACUUGAUGCCUUCUGUAGUCUGGGAGACACCUGGAAGUAUGAUACUGUCAGUGAGGCUCAGGGUGUGGAGUUGAUGUGCGUAGCUUUGGGAGACAGAGGCAUCGCAUGGGCACUCGAUAUCAGCGGCAGUCUCUGGUUUCGAACUGGCAUCUCUUCAUCCACACCUCAGGGAGAAGAUGACCAUUGGUGGCAGGUCAGUAUUUCCGACUAUGUGGUCUUCGAUCAAGGCAGUCUAUUCCAGACCCUGUUGAACGCCACACAUAGUGUUGCCACGGUAACCAAGGCACCGGUGGAACGGGUGGUAGCGUUCUUGUCUCAGUACUCACAGCGCCAGCCCACCCUUGUCAGUGCCAACGCUGGCGGCGUUUGGGUGGCGUCAGGACGGAAUCAGCUCCACUUGGCCCGUGGCAGCCUUGUGGGAACCUUCUGGCAGAACCUUGUUCCAAGAGGAACCAUGUCAUCCACCAGGUGGACCUUCAUCACGUCUUCAGUAGUGCCUGACAAAGACGGUGCCUUCCUGUGGCUGGCUCAGAGCAGAAAGGAUCUGUUCUGUGUGUGGGACCAGGACGGGGAACUCCGUCCAUCAUCAGUGCCGCUGCCACCUGAGGUGGAGUUGAUUCACCUGUCGGCUUGCCGUGACGCUCUGUGGGGGCUGGAUUCCCAUGGCCGGGUCAGUAUUCGCACGCUGUCUCCAUCAUGUCCCACUGGUCUCAGCUGGACGUCGCUGGACCUCAGUCAGCUGGUAAUUGCCAGAAAUUGGAUAUGGAAGAUACAGAUUAAAUUUAGGGGGUGAUCCAAAAUUCUAAAUUUUCCCAAAAUUCACCCUUCUCCCUAAAACCCAUUACCUGCUACUACUGCCACAUUUCAUCACCGAUUCAAGCCAUUCCAACAUCAAACUGUUCAGCGAGUUUAGGACAUUCAGGCUACCUAUAUACUGAAAAAAAAUUCACCUCAUUCCAACAUCAACUCAUUCAACAAAGUCAGGACAUUCAUGCAAUUAGACCACAUCACAUUCUCCCAAUCCUCUUCUGGAACAUCCAAAUGCUCCCUAGCAAACUUCAGACAAGCAUGGACAUGUACUGGCAUAAGCAGGGGGACACGUCUGGCACUGCAGGGUUUGAGUCCCUGGCGAAGUAGUGUGUUACUGAUGGUAGCCUUUGUUACUUUGGUCCCAGCUCUCUGCAAGUCACUCACUAGGUCCCCCCCCGUGUGGUUCUGGGAUUUGUGCUCACCAUUCUCGUGAUCAUUUUGACCCCAGGGGUGAGAUCUUACAUGGGGCCCCAGAUGGAGGGAGAUUAUCAGUGGUCUUGUAUGUCUUCCAUUUUCUAAUAAUUGCUUCCACAGUUGAUUUCUUCACACCGAGCUGCUUACCUAUUGCAGAUUCAGUCUUCCCAGCCUGCUGCAGGUCUACAAUUUUGUUUCUGGUGUCCUUUGACAGUUCUUUGGUCUUGGCCAUAGUGGAGUUUAGAGUCUGACUGUUUGAGGUUGUGGACAGGUGUCUUGUACAGUAGGCGCCCCUACAACGUAAACAAUCCGUUCCAAGAACCUUUAUGUUAUAGGGUUUUUAUGUUAUACGAAGCGUAAAAUACAUGUAAAUAGCCUAAUCCGUUCCAAGAUCUUCCUAAACUCACCCCUUUGGCCGUUCAAAAUAUUCAAAGUCCACCAAAUAUGGUGGGAAAAUAUAAGAAAACGUUAGCAUAAACAUAGUAGAGUAACAUUCCAAUAUAAAAUAAGGUAAUAAAUAAGAUGACUGUAAAUGAAUAAAACUGAAAAACAAAAACAAUGUUACCGUUCACGAGAUGUCUUGAUCAGGAGCGGUGGCAGGAAUGGAGGAGGAGGACUAGCCUGAGUCAAAACGCGACUCAGAGUCUGAGUCAACUGGUCUCACAGACACGCACACGCACUACACGAUAAUGCUGUGUGCAAAAUUUUAAUUUGUAACUUAACUUAAUUGUUUAAGUUAGUUUAAAGGAAGAGGAAGGCGGUAGAAGGGAGAAGCCUGUCUCUCACACAAACUCACGUACCUGCUGUAUAAGUCAGCCAAUGAGAUGAGAGCGGAGGCGAUGUCCCGAAAAUCAGCCAAUGAGAUGAGAGUGGAGGCGGUGCCCCAAAAAUCAGCCAAUGAAAGCAUGAAGCAUCAGAAGGCUUCACCAAGUGUUAGUCUGAACUUGCACCGACUUGAGGCAUUAUUAAAGUUCAUUGAAAAAAAAAAAAAAACUUGCACCGCCUUGACGCGUUACGUUAUAUGGAAUUUCUUACGUAAUACGAUGCAAAAACUUUACACAAAUUCUUUACGUUCAGUGGAAUUUACGUAAAAGGAGGUUUACGUUAUGCGAGGUACUACUGUACUGAUAAUGAGUUUAAAUAUGUGCCAUUAAUACAGGUAACGGGUGGAGGACAGAGGAGCCUCUUACAGAAGAAGUUACAGGUCUGUGAGAGACAGAAAUCUUGCUUGUUUGUAGGUGACCAAAUACUUAUUUUCCCUCAUAAUUCGCAAAAAAUUCUUAAAAAAUAUACCUAUGAUGAAAAUUGGGAGACCUCGCUUGUCUUUUAAGUGGGAGAACGUGCGCAAUUGGUGGCUGACUAAAUACUUUUUUGCCCCACUGUAUAUGUAUAUAUUUUUAUAUAUAUAUAUAUAUAUAUAUAUAUAUAUAUAUAUAUAUAUAUAAGGGUCCCAUAAGCUAUAUACCUAACCUAUAACUGGCACGGUUGGCCACACAGUCAGGAGAGCAGAAAGACCUGGGUUUGAAUCUCUGUUGGGCAUCUCUGUGUGGAGUUUGCAUGUUCUCCCCGUGCAUGCGUGGGUUUUCUGUGGGUACUCCGGUUUCCUCCCACAUUCCAAAAAGGUUAAUUGGCAAUUCCACAUAGGUAUGAAUGUGAGUGUGAAUGGUUGUUUGUCUAUAUGUCCGCUGCGAUUGGCUGGCGACCAGUCCAGGGUGUACCCCGCCUCUCGCCUGAAGUCAGCUGAGAUAGGCUCCAGCAUACCCCCACAACCCUAAUGAGGAUAAGCGGCAUAGAAAAUGGAUGGAAGGUACAGUAAUACUAUAUUAGUUUAGCUCCAGAACACACUCUUCGUCUCUCCUCAUUUAGGAAGCUAACAAGAGACAUGCAUAGAAGUACAAAAACAUACAACAACAAAAAAUAUUCAAACAAAAAUCCGCCAGUUUGCAGGGUCGUUAAUGCUGAAUCAUGAAUGUGUGAGGGAUCUAUUGUACUAUUCUGCUGUCCAGUGUACCACGCAUUUAUUAAUAAUUACAGACUUUACUGACAAGAUGUGUUUUCUGAGAAAAAAUUAUUUUGGGAGAAUUAUUAUUAUUUUUUUUUUUACGUUUUGGCCAGUAAUCAGCACAUUUGCGGGGCCGUGAACGCUGAACGAAUUUACUGCAUUUUAAAAAAGAAAACUUUGGUUUCUAACAUGAUAUUGUAAUUUCUUGAAAAUAAAUCAUGUUGGCAUUUUGUUUUCUUUCCAAACAUUGCGCACACAUACACACACCUGUUGAGUUGUGUUAUACUGACAGCUGACUGUUGCAUAAGCAGUGUUGUGUCGCUCCACAGAGAUGUUUCCAAACUAGAAGGGCAGAUCUGUUUUUAGUUUUGGUCCUUCUCACUAUCAGCGAGCGCAUGACUUGUGCUGUCAGUCAUACUCUUAACGUGUCCUUCAAGUAACAAGUCAGACUUGUUUAUUCCACCUUGUGACUGCACAGCUGGGAGUGCUGACGCACGGCCGUGAUCCACUUUCAGCUCGUGUUCAGUCUUGAACUUCAACCCCAACAUCAGCAGUAUUUCAGAGAUAUUUGAUUUUUAUUGACAUUGGUAGAAGGAAGUCAACUAAAGACAAAACGUAAUAGUUGCUAAACUACAGCUGAUAAAAUCACAUGAUUAAAAAAAUAUACAACCAGCAAACCUAGCACAGCUAAUGUCUAUACCAGGUUAGCUGCUACGAGUGUGUUAGCGAACACAGGCUUACGUCUGUUAGGAGCAUACAGUGUCCUGCUUAGUCUAGUCCAGUUUCCCGUGGAACCUUGGUUAGCGUCAUUAAUUCAUUCCAGAAGGGCCGACAUUAACCGAAACGGACAUUAACUUUUAAAAUUACCAGGUCACAAAGGUCUGCUUCCAAGUAUAAACUGAGAGAAUAUAUAUAUAUAUAUAUAUACACAUUUAUAAAUGUGUGUAUUGUUGUGCAUGACAUGUAUAUUGGGGGUGCACACACUUUUUCAGCAUGCAAGUCGACGUAUUCUACGUCUUCCUAUAAAACAUAUAAGAUAUAUAUAAAAUCUAACUGGUAAACUUUGAAACUACUAUAGUAAAUACUUAUCAUUGGUAUUUCACAUUCACAAUUUCGAAGUUUACAGGUCAUCAACGCAGUUGAUAUCAUUCAAUAAUUUACAAUUCAAUUCAAUAUGACAAUAAAGAUAAUUACACAUGAUAAUAAUUGAUCAGAUUUUCAAGGUACCCAAAGCACUUUACAGUGAAGUGAGCCCAUCAUUCAUUCACACACUGGUGGUACUAUACAUAUGUAUCCACAGCUGACCUGGGAUAGACUGACUGAAACGUGGCUGCCAAUUUGUGCCUACAGCCUCGCCGACCACCACCAAACAUUCAGUCACAUUGAUACACCAAUGUCUUGAAGUGUCUUGCCCAGGGACACAACAGUGGCUGGGUGGAGGGAUGGAGGAUCUCACCACCAACCGUCCGGUUUCUGGAUGUCCUGCUCUACCUAUUGAGCCACUGCAGUCCAUAAUUCCUCAAUAGUUCUGUACAUAACCAGAAUAAUAUGUCAGUCAAAAUAGCUACAUAGCGUUCAUUAUACAUGCAGUUCAUGUAUUAUGUCCAUUUAGCAUUUGCUAGCAAACAUUACUGAUAUACAAGAAAUGAAAUGAUUAUGCAAAAGACAAUGCAGCAACAUAUUAAAAAGGUUUCAGAUAAUAGUUUCACACACGAAAGUGUAGAGAACACACGUUUCUAUAGUGGAGUUCAGGACGCGAAACACAGCCAUCAAACAAUUGACUUCUUUUCUCCAGAAUUCGCCGGUAAAAGUGAAUGGAUAACUUUUAUUAUAGAUCUAGGCAUUUUACCGCUGAGGUAGUUUAUCCAUAAUAAAGAUAGAUACUUUAUUCAUCUCCAUAAGAAAUUCACGUUUCGAGAAGCUCUCCAAAAAUCUCAUAAUAAACAAUCACUUAAUCACAAAAGAGUUAGUUUAUCCGUAAUGAAGAUGGAAGUUGCAUAUCGGUGUUGCUGGAGACACUUUUUUUUACCACUUACUUUGCCGUGGAAGCGCAACAGCGAAUCAGGAGGAGAGCUUAAUGUCAGCUGACUGAUGUCAUAUGACAUGUACAAAGUGGGUGACACACGCGAUUGACCAACACUACCUCGACGGGUUGAUUGUGAUCGAUGUAAUGGGCACCCCUGUGCUCACAUAAUGUGUCUAUUUGGCGAAAAGAAGAAAUGCAGUACGUUUGUUACGUUUUGGACAGAAGACUUGUUUAUUAACAUUUUGAGCUUCAUCAUCUGAUUCAUGGGGAGUUGAGGAGUCAAAGGUCUAAAGGUCAGUGCGGUAACAGUGAAAUUGGAAUUUGUUCUCCCAAAAACAGACUGACCUGCUGGAAUCUGUAGUGGAAUUGGCAGAAGUGGGCAUAAUCCUAUUCCACUCUUGUUCCACUUGAGGAUUCACAUAGAAUGUUUGGACAUCAAAAGUAGUGUAGCACUUUGUUUGCCCUAAAUACUUUGUCUGACAUCCACUCAUGUGUGUGUAUGUGUGUGUGUGCGUGUGUGAGACUUUUCACUUCUCUGCAUUGUCAAUAUUAUGGUAGUUGUUAGUGACACUGUGUAGUUGUGGUAUCUCUGCUGGUCAGAGGAAUCAAACCUGUGGUCCUUCAUCCACCAGCCACAUUCUUCCUGUCCAUGUCUCUUUCUGUGAGACAGGAAGUGUUCGUUUGGUCAGUGUGAGCUGUGGAAGCCAGAAUGUUUGGGCCCUCGACAGUCGAGGACUUGUCUACUUCAGAGUUGGAACGCAACCACUGAACCCCAACAUGAUGCUACCCGCCUGGAUCCACAUCGAACCACCU